AUGCUUCUCAUUGAUUUGGUAGAAAAAUAUUACAGUAUCAUUGAAUGUAAGAAAACUGAUGGUAUUUCUAAUAAAAUCAAACAAUUGGAGUGGAUUAAGAUAGGAAAAGAAUUUAAUAGCUUCAACACCCACAUGGAACGAGAUUUCAACUCAUUAAAAACACUGUGGGAGAAUUUAAAAAAAAAAGCAAAAGCCGUCAUAACUGCAAUGAAUACUAAUAAAUAUGCAACAGGUGGAGGUCCUUAUAGAACUGUGAAAGAAGAUCAAAUUAUAGAGAGGGUAAUUCCUAUAAUAAAAAAAGAGCUGAGGGUUUUAAUAACAUUUACGACUCAGAUGCUGUUGCAACAAGUACUGAAUCAGCUACAAGUUCAAGUUCGGGAAACAGCAGUAGUACCGGUAUCGCAGAACUGACGACUGACUGUGAAUUGACUUUGGAAGUGGACUGUGGCGACGAACAAAACUACACUGUUCAGGACUCCUCCCCAAUACCCACAAUGAUGCUUGUGAAUGGUGAUUGGGAGUCAUACUCUCCAGGCCUUCUCAGAACCCCUCGAGCCAAGGUUCUUGUGGAUGAGGCUUCUCAUUCACCAAUAGCCUCAACAUCGGCUCUUCCGAAACCAACUAUCACACCAGAGGAAGAGAAGGGGGUGAUACAGAGGUCAACGCCCAUUUCAAAAAUUAGAACAACCAGACACCUUCACAAUAGAAGAAGGCCUGUUUUGAAAGAGAGCGAAGCUGUAGCUCUAGCUUCAUGUAAAAUUAAAAACCUGCAGGUUGCAGAGGAGCAGGCAAGGAAAGAGCACGAAGUAACAAUGGAAUGUCUGCUAAUGCAGAAAGAGCAGGAGAGAGAGAAGCUGGUUCAGGAGCAGGAGAAAACAAAACAGGAACGGGAGAAAACUGAACAAGAAGUGAUCAAGAAAAUGUUACUUCUUGCGGAAUUAGAACGUUUAAAAAAGUAAUGAAGAUAGUAUUUAUGUGAUCCAAUAAUAUUUUAUUUUUUUCGUGUAAAUAUAAAAAAAUCU